UGCAUCCCAUCGCUAGAGAGAUAAUUCCCGAGGGUGUGUAUCAACUAGAAGACGCAAACCCUAGCCUCCGUCUCCCGAAUCUUUAAAGAUCAUCUCCAAUAGAGUCAGUCAACAAUUCAGCUGCUACAAUAUCUGCUAAUAUUAAUAGCAUCCAUGUGCUUAACGGCACGAAUUUUAGGGAAUGGAAAGAGACGUUAUGAUUGUUCUCGGUUGCAUGGAUCUAGACCUUGCACUCCGGACUGAUAAAUCCGCCGCUCUUAAGGAUACAUCUACCCUUGAUGAAAAGAGGGAGAUGGAGAGGUUGGAACGCUCAAACCGCAUGAGUCUAAUGAUCAUGAAACGUGCAAUUCCAGAAUCAUUCAGGGGCACUAUAUAUGUCUGAUGAGGAUGAUGCCAAAUCGUUCCUUGCCGAACUUGAAAAGCGUUUUGCUAAAAACGAAAAGGCGGAAACUAGUACUCUUUUGAGCACUCUUAUUUCCAUGAAGUACAAAAGCAAAGGGAACAUAAGGGAGUACAUUUUGGAAAUGUCUCAUAUUGCUUCAAAACUAAGUGCACUUAAGCUCAUUUUAACUGAGGAGUUACUUGUGUAUUUAGUUUUGAUCUCUCUUCCUUCUCAAUUUAAUCAAUUUAAAGUCAUUUACAAAUGCAUUAAGGAGAAAUGGUCUCUCAAUGAGCUCAUUUCUCAUUGUGUUCAAGAGGAAGAGAGAAUAAAGCAAGAUAAGACUGAAAGUGCUCAUUUGGCAUCU